GGAAGAUUCUUACAGCCGGGCGUGGUAUGGAUUUGUGAGCCUAUAGAAGUGUCUUGCAGUCACUCCAGCAAGCGUCGCCUCAAGUACAAGCGCACCCAUGAACGCCUUCCCACGCACACACCUUAUGUGUGUCACCCAUCGGUCAGCCUCACUUGGCGCCUCCCUUUUGGUGCCUCUUUUUCCUUGACUUAUGUGCCGGCUUGCCGCUGCCGCUGCCGCUGCUGGUCGAGUGCAUCUCAGAGUCGACUUCUCUGAGGGCCUCGAGGACCCUCUCGUGAUGCGCCAUAGCCAUGUCCUCAUGCACCUCCUGCACACACACACACACACACACACAGAGGUUCACUAUGCAAGCUGCCGUGUGGUGUGUGUGUGUCUGUCCGGCAACACACUCACGGUUGUUUCCUCGAGCUUGUGUCCGAGUGCAUGCUCUAUCCGCUGGAAGGGCUCGAUGUCAUACCUGUAAUAUGCGUGUGUCAGUGUGUCAGCAUCGCACAGGACACAUACACACACGGACUCACCCCAGCUGCCCGCGUGUGUGCGUGUGUGUAAGUGUGUUGGCUCCUACAUACUGGGUGACGAGAGUGAUGGCGCGUCCGGUCCUGCCCGCCCGUGCGGUGCGUCCCACUCGGUGAAUGUAGUCUUUGGAGGCCGUGGGGAUGUCCAUGUUGACGACCACAUCGACCGAGGGGAUGUCCAGCCCGCGGCUGCCCACCUCCGUCACCACCAGCACCUUCUUGGCACCGCUCUUGAAGUGGUUCAACGCCCCCAACCGCUGGGACUGACUCAUCUUCCCGUGUAAACAUAUCUGAUCGACGAUCAAGACACACACACAUGUGGGGGCAUGGGAGUGCAUCUGUGCCGCAGGUAGCUGGCCGACCAACCGACCGCUGGGAAGGCGAGUUUCCUUAGCAGGAGAGCGGUUCGUUGUGCGCCGAGGCAGGUGGCUGCGAAGACCAUGGUGACGUAGGCCUCGAGGUGCUUGAGGAGUGCCACGAGGUAGGUGUGCUUGUACUUGAAGGGGAUGAACAUGUAGCUCUGCACCAACGUGCUCACCGUUUCGUACUUGGUGCUCACCUCAACCUACAAGACACACGCACAGACACGGACGGGCACAUGUCUGUCUGCCUGUGUGUGUGUGGCGGAUGGGCUGACAGACUGACUGGCCGACCUUGACGGGCUUUGUGAGGGACGCCCGCUGCAGCUUGCUGACUUUGCUCGUCAUGGUGGCCGAGAAGAGGUACGUCCGUCGGUCGCCUGAUGCAGCCUGCAUACGCGUCAACACCCACACACACCCACACACACCCACACACACACCUACAAUGUGUUCAUUCGCUCAUUUCCCCAUGGGUGUCAGUCAUCUGUCUGUCGCCUCGACAUGCCUGGAUGAUCUUGUUGAGGGGUUCCUCAAAGUCCAUCGAGAGCAGCCGGUCGGCCUCGUCCAUGACCAGGUACUUGAUGCACCGGAUGUGGAACCCCUUGGUGUUCUCCAGGUGAUCCACCAGCCGCCCAGGAGACGCCACGAUGAUGUGCGGCUUCCUCGACAGAGCCAUCGCCUGAGUCACCAUGUCCAGCCCCCCCACCACCACAGCCACCUCCAGAGCGAUGCUCGCACCCAGGGCCUGGAACUGCUCCGCUAUCUGCACACACAGCUCCCUUGUCGGGGCCAGCACCACGCCGUACACGCGCUGCGGCUGAUCGAGCAGUGACUGCAGGAUGGGCAGGGCGAAGGCGCCCGUCUUGCCGGAGCCGGUCUCCGCGAGGCCGAUGAUGUCCCGCCCCUUGAGGGCCCACGGGAUGGCCUUGACCUGGAUCUUGGUCGGACGCACCCACCCCAGAGCCCGGCACGCCUCGCAUAGCUCCGGGCACACACCCAGCUCCUCGAAGCUCUCUGCUGACGACAUCGCAGCGCCGCCUGAUCCCGAAACGGCCUCGGAGUGACUCGUGUCUUCUGUGGGCGACGCCUCGUGGUGAGUCAGAUCAUUGUAGUCUGAUGUGCCGAGCUGAUGAGUGUUGUCGGCAUCUGUCUUGCGGCGCUUCUCUGGUCGUGUGUUGUCCGUCGGGCCGGCCUGUCUGUUGGCCUUGGCUUUCUUGUGCUUGAGCCGCGUCAGCAGGUCCUCCUUGCUCACGCCGCCAGAUGGAUCCAU